CGCAGCUAGUGUCGGAUUGGGCUGUGCGCUAUUGGGCUUCAAUUGAACUGUGCGAUUCUCCAACUUUCUAUCGAAAGAUAGAAAAGCCCCCGAUGCAGCCUGCCUCGAGCAAUAGAGGGAAACCGACACGCUCGGCCUGAUUCUGCUCCCCAGCCAGGCCCAUCCUGAUUCCGACUUUGUCUCGUAAGUAUCCCCCGCUGUCGAUUGCAGAGGAGAGGGAGAUCUGCCGCAGCCCACGCCAUGAUUCCCUGCAGCAAGUUCCGGCGCCUCACGCGCAGCGACGCCGGCAAGAUGGCCCCGGGUUGGGCGACGCUGGACCGGGACCUGGUGGAACUGAUCGGGGCGCGGGUGCUGGCCGGCGAUCUGCAGGACUACGUCAGGUUCCGCACCGUCUGCCCUCACUGGAGCGCGAGCACCGUCCGGCCCCAAGGCCGCGGCAUCCUCGACCGGCGUUUCUACCCGCGCCGAUGGAUGCUGCUGCCAGAGGGCCAUGGCCUCUACCCUGGCCACCCUAACCUCCGCGGCUUCGUGCGCUUCUUCAACCUCUCCACCGGCGCCUUCGUCCGCGUCCACCUCCCACUCCUAGCCGACCACGUCGUCCUGGACUCGGUCGACGGCCUCCUCCUCCUGCACAGCGACCGCGACACCGCCAUCCGCGUCCUCCACCCCUUCACCGGCGACGUCGCGGAGCUCCCGCCGCUGGCAUCCCUCCUGCCGCAGAUAGAAUCCAACAACUACGGCGAGCUACAUAAGCGGAGCAAGCUCACGAGAGUUUGCACCUCCAUCACCGUCGGCUCCACCGGGGCCAUCACCGUCAUGCUGGUGCUUGACCUCCUGCACCGCGUAGCCCACUCCACCACCGGUGACAGACGGCGGACUCUCUCUGCCUGGAAUCUCAAGCCUUUGAUCAAACCCGUGUCGUUCCAAGGCAAACUCUACGCAUUGCAGCCCAUUGUUCGCACGCGUAAGGUAUACAUCUACAAGAUCAAUCCACCAUGCCCAGAUGCCAACGAGGGGCAAUCUCAUCUUCCACUGCCAGAGAAGAUUGCUGAAUGCCCAUUGGAGAAAAUUAUUUACAUGCUGAACUUUGUGGAAUGUGGCUCGGAGCUCUUGCUAGUUGCCUACGCUGAUGCUUCUCACUCAAGGCUGGUAGUCUGCAGGUUUGCAGACCUGGUCAGAGGAAAGAUUGAGCCUGUAACGAGCAUUGGAGACAACGCCUUGUUCAUCGAUGAACGUUGUCUCUGUGUCUCGGUCUCACCUAACAGGGGGAGUUCGAGCCUUGCUUCCAUUCCACGUAACUCUAUCAUCUGCUGGCACAAAGUGCCAGUAAAUCCUGGUUUUGCAGGGCCGGCUCGUUUUGGGCAAUAUGACCUAGGUACUGGCAUCUGGACACCAGCCAGUGAUGGAGACAUUCGCCAAAGACCACCGCCGAGGCCCCAUACACUCAUCCAUCAUAUCUUUACUUGUUGCAAUCGCAGAUAUUGGUAA